CUUUGUCACAGGGAACGUAUAAACACAAUUGACAGUUCACCGAUAAUCGCCGCACUUAUAUACGCGCCUUUAGAGUGUGAUAGCAUUUUCUUACUAUUACAUUUUUCUUCAGUUUUUGUUUCAUCAUUCAUAAGUUUUAUAUUUUUGCUAAAUAAUUACUUAGUUAGCCUAUUUGGGUAGUAUUUCGGAGCGUUUCAUGCAACAAUCAAAAGUCAUGCACUUUUGCCGUAUAUGCCGUACGGAAAAGAAUCUUAAAUACACAGUCAAAGAGCUCCGGAAAUUUAGUCAAAAGCGAUGUGACGAUAAUUUACUUUAUACUACGCCUACAUUAGGCAAUAUUUGUCACGACUGUGAAGAGCGGCUGCACAAUUUUCAUAGGUUGAAUGAGAAUGAAGAUAAUGAGGAACGUAUAAUCGUCGAUGACGACGAAUUAUUGUACAAUUUAUUUUUCGAAAAAGUGGAGCAGCACCGCCUAAUGAAACGCUUAAUGGUAGUUGGAGCAGGCGGUGGUGGAGGUGAAUGGAAUACUACGAGCCUACGACAACAAACUUUAGUGGCAGCUACGGCUGGUGUAGCUGUUAACAUUGGAGACGAAGUUAUUGAAGUGCUGACGUCACGCGAAAACACUCCUUCACCAGCGUUACCAAUAUCCUCGACACCAAGGUGCGUUGUGCAGUCAGCUGUAAAAAUACGCACCAGCGUUUCCCCCAAAAAGGACAUUACUGCCACCACAACCACAAAUGAAAAGACCAAUCUAAAUAUUACUGCCACAGAAAAUACUACCUCAACUAAAAUCACUGCCACAACAAAGAGUAUAGCUUCAAACCUAACCGAAAAUUGCACUUCAUAUAAGGUUUUGGCCGUAAUUGAUUUGGACGCUGAAGAAGAUAUACAAGCAGACAAAGUUCCAUCACGGCUGACACCUCAAAACACACCAGACACAGAUGAAGAGGAAAUUAUUUUUCGGAAGGUUGAACCUGAUAAUGACAAAAAUACACACAAGGAUGGGAGAAGAAAACAGAAAUCUCGAAAAGGAAAAUACCAACAUGGCCAGAUGAAUUUAAUUGCCAGUCUAAGUUUGGUCUCAAGUGACAGCGAUUCAGAUGUUCAAGUUACUGAUCCAGAGUGCAGUCCAAUCAAACAAAAAGACACGACAACUACUAAGGACAAUGAGUGUGUAAAUACUACUCAGCUUUCUCCGCCCUUGAGAAGUAUAAAUAAUAUUAAAAUAUCUCCUCCAGUUUUAGUGGAGAAUGCUCAACCAGACGGGUUGGAAGCUGUUAUUAAAUGUCCGGUUUGUAAAGCAGAAUUCGCCGACAGUGAGCGUCUAAUACAUCAUUUGCGUCGAAAGCAUCGUUCUUACAAUGGUAAAGUUUUGUCGGAGCGUCCUCGUUGCGCACAGGAUUCCGCUAUGACUAUUAGGUUGCGAUACAUGCAACGUUACAUAUAUUAUGAAUGCCAGCUCUGUGGCUGCAUUGAUGCCGUUUUUAAGAUACAUAAGGAGCAUGUUAUGCAAAAGCAUGCCGAAGAGUCGAAAUCUUUAAAAGAUCCAAUGAUGCAGACUCUUAAAUGUCCAGUAUGUAAAGAAAAAUGCGGUUCACAACAUACAGGACUUUUGCGGCACAUGUUAUGCUCUCACAAAGCUAUAGAAUGUAGAGAACACUUUCGGCAAAUUACCCAAUUGCGGAAUUUAUUCACAAAUUGUGGUGCAAAGAAGGAAAAGGAACUAAAACGUACGGCGCGCAUAUAUCAAAUAACCUCGCGCAAACAAUAUUUUUUCGAAUGCAUUCAAUGCCUCAAAAUUGUCACCGGUUAUUUUAAUUAUGUAAAACAUCAGAACACACAUUCUAAAUUGGUUAUCGCAAAAAAUACAGAAACUCUUGUUUCGGAGACAGAUUUAAUAACGACAGUUUCGUCUUCAUCAGAACCUGAACUGAAACGAAUAAAACAUAGUUGCAGCGAAACAAAAUCUAAAUUUGAAAAGCCAAAACCUAUUCUAACUUCAAAAGAACUCAAUACCAAACGGAAAAUGUCAGUUCCUCAACAGACUGUUGCCCAGAAAAAUGAUCAACCACAGUCUCGACGAGAGCGAAAAUUGACAAAAAAAGCUGUCCAAGCAGCAUUGGUUAAAGUUAAAGUGAAGCCACCUCUGAAACAGUUGCCGACACAACGAUACAAAUGCAAUUUCUGUGUAGAACUAUUUAAGGGAUUUCAUCGCUUAAACCUGCAUUUACUACGUGCUCAUGCCUUUUAUGACAAUUUGCGAUGUGAAAUCUGCAUGUUGCGCUUUGUGAACAUCGCAGAGUUUGAAGAACACGAUCGACAACGACACAAAUGCAAACAAAAGCGCAAAAGAGUGGCGACUUGUCUAGCCGAGAACAGCGAAUUGACGCUUAAGGAGUGUGAGUCAGCAAUGAACCCUAAAAGGCAGCGCUUAAACAUCGAAUGUACUAAAAUUAAUUCCGAGAAAUCCAUAAAUUUAUCCAAGCCAGAAAAUUUGGAUAUCGGAAACCCCGAAGCUGCCAGUCCGACAUGGUUACAGGAACUGCUUGCAUUAGCGGCGAAGAAGCAAACUCAAAUAUCCAACACUGCCAACAAUAGUAAAAACCAUGAGAAAGCAAUACCAGGUUUUACUAAUCAAUCAGUUAAAGUUGAAAAACGUGAUAGAGAUAAGAAAAAUGUUUUUAAUGGAUUUCCGAUGGCUACUACUUCUCACCAGUGCCUUUAUUGUAGCCAUCUUUUCAGCAGUGUUUCUGAGUUACAAUCACACGAAAUGAGGCAUGUGCAACAACAGGAAGUUAAACAUUUUAAACGCAGUGUAAUUAACAAUUUAACCUUUACGGCAUUCGCAAGAUGAAUUAUAAGCUAGAAUCAGAAUAUCGUUAUAUCUUGAAGUUAUUUCACUUAGAAUAUUUUGGAAAACAGCAAUUGUAUGUAAAGUGCAUUUACACAUUUUCUUUAAUAAUUAUAUAUGUCUUUUAUUUUAAUACUAUAAAUAGCAUACAUACAUACGUUUUACUUUUGGUGUAGUGUUACGAAAAUGUGUACCUUAAAUGCACUACCUUAAUUUGCAUUAAAACUCGACCAUUUUUUAUAACGUACGUAACUGUCUGUUUCUCCCUACCACCUUAAUGCUGAAAGGAAUCAAAUGUUGACAUUUCGCAGGAUACAAUUGUAUAUACACUUGAGAAAUGUGCGUAUUUGGAAAUACAAAUGUAAACCAAUGUUAAAAAUGUAUAGAAAUAUCUCAGUUUAAUUUAAACAAUUUUAGUUUCAUAUAAAUAAUAUACAUAUUUAUGUAUUUACACUUUUUAGUACAUACUAUAAAUUCUGACUGUGUAUAAAAGCUGAUUUCUCAUUAGUUGUUUCAAUCAUUUUUUUGUUUAGAAAUUAAAUUCCAAACAUUUGGAAAAUAAAUUUUGGAAAUAUAUAACUCGAGUUGAAAAUAAUAA